AUGCGCGCGGGACCAACGCGAGAGAGGCGCCUUGGAGCACGCCCCGACGGCUUCGAGGGCUUCGAAUGGACGCUGCCGGACCGCCACACGCUCCGAGCCGCCUCCGCGGCCGCCAGCGGCGCCAUCAGCGGCGGUAGCAGCAGCGGGGGGAGCGUCGGCGGCAUCUUCUCCCGCGGCGGAGGUCAGUCGGGAGGGCCUCCCGUGGGGCGCAAGGGCAGCGCGGGUAGCGGCGGGAUCGGCGGCGGAUCGUCGUCACCUCGGUGCUCGAUCUGCUCGUUACUAUGCUGCACGUGCAUGCUUGUCGCAUCGGCAGUUAUUCUCCUCACGCUGCUGCUUGCAUACGCGCAUCCGCGCCUGCCGUCGAACUUGCGCCUGCACCAGCAGCCCCGCGCCGCCCACCGCCACGCGCGGCAGGCGCAGCUCUUGCGCGGAGCAUCGAUUGGCGCAGGGGGCAUCGCGUCGCGGCUACGCUCCGCCGUAGUGGGCGUGGAUCUAUCCGCGGACGAGAGCGUGUGGGCGUCGGGGGGCGGUAUUGUCGGGGAGUUGGGGAGCGCGCGGAAGGAGCGGUCGCAGCGGCGGAACCAGAUCCAAGGGGGGAAGAUGGGGAAGAGCGCAGCAAUGGGGAAGCAGCAGCGGCGGGCAGGCUUUGAUGACGGUUACGAUGGGUUAGCUAAGCGGACAUUCGAUCGGACGGGCGGAAAACGCGGUGGGUGGCAGCGGCGCGGGGAGGGGGUCCACGCGGAUGCGGAGGGAAUGGCGGAGGAGGCGGAAGAGGCGGAAGAGCUAGACGAGGUGGAAAAAGGGAUGCAUUUGGGGGAACACCGCGGAGGUGGGGCUAAUCGGGGGAGCGCAUCCGCGCGCGCAUCAGAUGGGGAGUGGAAGCGAGGAAGCGGAAGCGGAAGGGCCGCUGGUGGUAAGACCGCGAGAGGCGGGACUGACGAUGAUGAUAAUGAGGAGGAGGAGGAGAAGGAGGAGGAGGAGAAGGAGGAGGAUGAGGAAAAUAAGGAGACGCGUGGAGGGGGCGGAGUGGUUGCGAACGAGGCGGAAGCCGCGGAAGGAGAUGCGGGGGAGGUGCAUGCGGGGGGAGAGAGGGGAAGGGGAGAAGGUGACAAUAACGAGGAUGAUGCUGUCAGUGUUGCCGGGCGUGAUAGUAACGAGGUCAACAGCGCCAGUGGUGGUGCGGGUGUACGGAAGGGGUGGGGAUAUAAUAGCGAGGUAGGGAGGCGGAGUGGGAAGGGGAAGGGGAGACGAGGCAGGCGCGGCGUGGGGAGGGGGGAACAUGACGUGGACAUUCGGCGGAAGGUAAGCAGGCGGUAUGUGGAUGAUGGAGGGGAGGGGGAGGAGGAGGGGGAAGAGGCGGAGGAGGAGGAAGCGGAGGAGGGGGAGGUUCAUGGGGGGAAGCGUGGUAAGGCCCGCGCUGUGGUGCGUGGGGAGGGGGAAGAUGAAGAGGAGGAGGUGGAGGAGGAGGAGGGGGCUGUGGGGGGGAGGAAAACACGGAAGGAGGGGAAGAGAAGAUGGGAUAAGGAAGGGAAGGGUGCACGGAUCAGUGCAAGGAGAGAAGCAAAGGAGGAAGAGGAAGAGAAGGACCGUUCUGACUCAGAUGCUGACGUGGACGGUCUGGAUGCGAUCCUGAAGGUGCUGGAGGAGAAGGCGAGAAAGCGGAAGGCACGGGGGAAGGGGGGACGUGGCGGGGAGGUGGGGAAGAGUGAGCGCCAGGCGCGGAGGGGGAAGGGGUCCAUCCGACGGGCAAGUGAGACAGAGGGAGAUGAGGCGGAGGAAGAGGAGCAGAGGAAGGUAAAAGGGAAAGGGAGGAGGAAGGGGAAGGGAGAGGAUGGGGAGGACGAGGGGGAGGAGGAGGACGGGGAGGGAGAGAGUGAAGGUGGAGAUGGGGAUGAGAGGAUGCAGCAUGGUUCUGCGGACUUGAAACAAGGAAAGGGGAGAAAGACGGGGAGGGGAGGUCAUGGUGCAGCAGGAGAGGCAAUCGAGGCAGCAGAGGAUGAGGACCAGGCAUUUGGGAAAACGGCAGGGGCACGAUCAGUGGACGGGCAAGGCGCAGAGGCAGGGGUUGGGGCGCAGGAAAGGGCGGAUAGUUUGGGGGAGGGUGGUGGAAACGGGGAGGCAGCAGCGAAUGGGGUAUCGGGGGAGGGAAGAAUAGGUGAGAGCGCAGCAGGGUAUGGUGCAGAAGGGGAGGGGCGAAGAGGCUUUGGGGAAAGAGUGGAAGGAGAGAGAGAUGUGGAAGGAGGAGACAGCAGAGGGGAGGAUCGAUCGAGGACAGCCAGAGGAGCGGAGGAAGGAAUGGAAGAGGGCACAGGGAAUGCUGAUGGAUUGGUUGCUGCUGGCCGGACAGAACAGGUGGAUCAGGAGGGAAUUAGAGAACGAGCAGGAGGGACCGAUGGAACAGCAGGAACAGAGGGGAGAGGGGUAGGCAUGGAUAGUACAGGUGCUGCUGCUGGGGAGGGAGGCCUAGGGGAUGAGACAGAGCGGCCGCAAGAGGAGGCGCUGAGGGGGAGUGACAGGGAGAGGGCCUAUGCGAUGGGUCUGCUUUCAAACAGGGUGGAGCAGAGGGAUAGCAGGGAGGGCGGAAGGGAGGAGGGUCACAUGCAAGAGGGCUUUGAGGGAAGAGGAGCUGGAAACAGGGGAGUGGAGGAGGGGGUGGGAAGUGGAGGUGAGGGAGGGGGAGGUAGGGGUGGUGGGAGGGAGACUGAGAACCCUGCACAAUCUUUCUACGAGCAGCAGAUGCUGAGGGAGCAGGAGGAUGCUGCUCACAGGAUGGGGUACAAUGGCGAGAGGGAAGCAGGGGGGCGGGAAGCAGGGGGGCGGGAAGCAGAGGGGCGGGAAGCAGAGGGGCGGGAGACAGAUGGCACUGCAGCAAGCAAGGACAUGCAGCAGACUGGAGGGGUAGGAGCAGGGGGUGGCGGGGGUCGUGGCGAGGAGGAGGAGGACGAGGGGGAUGAGGGGCUAGGGGUGGUGGUGCAGGCUGGGGUGGAUGGCGAGGGUCAGGGGCAGGGCGCUCUGAGGGCGCUGCUGGCAGAGAGUUCAGAGGGAGAUGCAAGUGACGGGUCAGCAGCAGGCGCACUGCAUCAUCAUCAACAACAGUACCGUAACUUUCAUGUUUAUGCUGCCACCAUAGCACAUGGUUAA